AUGGCGGAUAAAUUUCGUCUCGGUUCCCGGUUUAUACGCCUAAUCGGUGGCAGUCAAGGUAAAACAGGUUCGGCUUCCUCCGGCGACAAGACAUCCCAUCCCAAAGCGUCCUCCAAAUCAUCCGACAAAUCGUCCAAAUCCGUGUGCCCCGUUAUACCGUCGAAAGACUUCCAUGCCGUGCUGGGCGUUAGCCGAGCGGCUACAUUAAAUGACAUCAAAAAGGCUUAUUAUCAGUUGGCCAAAAAAUUCCAUCCGGAUAAAAGUACCCAGAUACAGUCGGACGGUGCAACAGGUACGGGGUCGGAUACGGCUGCGUUGGAAGCUAAGUUUAGCCAAAUUACGGAAGCGUACGAAGCGUUAAUGGAGGAACAGAAAAACCGCACGGAAAGUGUAGUUGAUCUAAAUCCAGCCCUGUAUCGUGACGUGCAAAAAAAGCACAUGAUGCUUCCGAAGGCCAAGAAAGAACGAUCGGCCAAACCGGACGUAAUGUUAAACGAGCUGAAUUACGAAGAUGUCGUGCUAAGUCUUACUUUCAAGGAAUCGAUCGAAGGGACGGUCCGUGAGGUUACGCUGCCUAUUGGUGUAAAGUGUGACCGGUGCUUGUUCACCGGUUCCCAGUCGGUGCGGGAUGAAGAGGGCAUAUGUAGCAUCUGUCACGGUACGGGUAAGCAAGUGUUCCAUUCGGAAAGUGGCGAUCUCUUCAUGCCUUGUAAGUUUUGUAACGGUACGAAGCACACGCCACAUAAAUUGACGUGCCCCAAGUGCAACGGUAAAGGAAUUGUGAUGCGGAAUCACAAACUGACCAUCAGCAUUCCAAAGGCUUCCCAGGAUAAGGAUCGGUUGAAGAUUCGCAUACCGGGACUGCAGCGACAGUUGAACGUUAUUCUGCACGUACAAGACUGUGACCACUUUCGCCGGAAUGGACUGAACAUCUACUCGACGGAGGAGAUUACGAUGUUGAAAGCAAUCAGGGGAGGCGAUUUGUCAAUCCGUGGUAUUAACGGGAUCUUCAACAUCUAUCUCGAGCCCGGUACACAGUGCGGCUCGGAGUUGCGCAUUCCCGGCAAAGGGCUACGGGACGAGAUUCAUCAGGACGUUGGCGAUCACGUUCUUACGCUACAGAUACGUUUGCCACAAAAUUUAACACCCAAGCAGCUUCGCUUGCUAGAAGAAUUCGAAAGAGCCAUCCAUUGUGAUGAGUGA